UUUUUUUUAUUUCAUGACACUGACUGAUCAAAUAAGACGUCUUGAAUUGUGUGUUGAAUUAAUAUUAUUAAUUGAAUAUAUUGCACCGUAUACAUAUUUUUAUAAUUAAUUACAGUUAAAACUGAGGAAGACGAAAUGUCGUCGAUAUAUGCUCAGCCACAACCACGGAGGAAAAGAUUUAUACCAAAAUAUGAUGUUGAAGGCGUAUAUACAGUUAUACUUAGUGAAGAAACUCAAACAUUGAUAGAAGCUGCAAUAGGGGUCAACUUAAAUGCUCAAUUUCCAUGGAUCUAUGUAAGUAAGGCCAAGAUUAAUGAGUCCAUAGAAUUAGAAGGUGAAGCAUCCGAAUUUUAUCCUUUAAGAGAAAAAAUACAACAAUACACCGAAGACGACAUUUUGAUGGGCUACAUUGUAGAUGAAUCAAAAGAUGUAGCUCAAUUCUAUAUUUGCCUUACAACUGAAAGCAGAGAUCAUUGCAAACAACAAUCGGAUAGAUUCAUUAAAAGGCAACAGAAAAAGUUAGAAAAAGCAGUUCAAAAAAAACCUCGUCCAUGGGUUUGCUUAGGAAGCGACGCUGAAAUAAUGGAAUUACGGCCUAUCAACACUAGAACUCUUAUGGAACUGGAGAUUAAGGCUAAAUUUCCUACGGAGUAUCAACCGGAAAUGUUUCAUGUAAGAGAUACUAACUCGGUACGAGAUGGUUACAUUGAACUGAAACCAUACAGGCAAAAGUUUAAUAAUGUUUUCCGACGAAGAGUUGAUGCUGCAUGCCAAAUAGCACCUGGUGUAGUUGAUCGUUCUGCUCAAACGCAAUUGAAAUAUCCUAAAAAUAUGUGGACCCAAUCCAUUGCAGACGCUUUAGGGCAAAUGGGUGAUAUGGAUGCAGGUGGUGAUGUUGGGGCGCACCCACAUGAUCCCUUAUUAGAUGAUGAUGAUGACGACGAUGUGAGUUCAGACGAAGACGAAAAAACAAAGAAGCACCCAAUUGAUGACGUAGCGAUGGCUAAUUAUAGAGAAGCUUAUAGACGUUUGCGUAGACCCUCGUACAUAAAAAAGGUUAACGGCUUCUUAUCAACAAAAACCGAACAAAUGGAGUCAAUUAUAGAACUGAAUACAGUAAUGGACAUGUAUUGCAAUGAUUAUCCCAACCUUGUCACUCAGAAACAUGUUGGCACUCUGGGUACCAUGACAUUCGAAGAGUAUGUCUGUUUUACAGACGUCAGAGCAAAAGAUAAAUAUGUUUCCUCCGCGGUAUUUCAUCCAAUGUGGUCCGGGAUCGUUGCCAUUUCGUAUGCUGAUGGUUCACCAACUGUUAUGAAAACUUUGACUACUCGUGCCGAUCCGAUUCAGAGGGCUGUCUAUGGGCUAAACCCUGUAAUGAUAUGGAGCCAUAUUGACAGCUUGAUUCCAAAAUUGUACUUAGAAUCUCCUCGUGAGGUGAAGGUACUUUCAUUUUGUCCUUUUGACGAAAAUAUUCUUGUAGGUGGUUUAGUGAAUGGACAAAUAGUAAUUUGGGAUAUAACAAAUAAAUUAGAAAAUGUCGAAAAAAUUGAAGUACUAACUGAAACAAGGGAAAAAUAUCGAAUCGCUAUGAAUGCUCAUAUGACUUGGAUGAAAACUGUUCAAGAUAGAGCUGUUGUAAACGCUACAGCUCUAAGCAAUUUAAUGACCAGUCAUUACGGGCCCGUUACUGCCAUUAAAUGGGUUUCACCUAAUUUAUUGAUUACACCUACUGGUAAAACGGUAAAAACAGAACAUAACAAAAAAUCAUUAGUAUUUAUGAGCGGAUCUGAAGAUGGAACUAUUUUGAUUUGGAAUUUGUCUGCCGACAAUGUCACUUUUGUCGAUGGUAAAAAAAUAAAGAAAUCGAAAAGAGUUCCAAGGAGACCUUCUGGUCUACUAGUUGACGUAUCACCGCUUAAGAUAUUGGAUCGUAUAUUACAGCCCACCUAUAAGGUUAUAUUAGGUAUUGCAGGUCAACCAGAGACUCUGCAACUGCAAACUCUUGAUUUGGUUCCACCGGUGAUUAAAUAUACUUAUAUUCCAAAAUAUAACUCCACGGGUAGAAAAUAUUUUUAUUGUGAAAUUUUACCAGAUGACGAGCGUGUACCCUUCCCUACGGUAUAUUGUGGCUCCCAACACGGAGAACUUAGACGUGUAUCUUGGGAAGGACACGAGUUUAACACUGGAGAAAUUGUAAACUCUGAAUAUUGCGAUAUCAAAUUUACUUGUUGCAUACAUGAUGGUAUUGUUUCAUGUACUCAGAAAAACCCACUAAUGAAAUCUAUAACAUUGACAGUCGGUGGAAAAAUAUUUGCCAUAUGGUCAGAUAAACUGAAUGGACGUCCAGUUAUAUGGAAAAAAAGGCCCUAUCGCUUGACUGAUGGAGCAUGGUCUCUAUAUAAGCCUAGUUUACUUUUUAUUACGAAUUCCGAAGGCGAUCUAGAAACUUGGGAUCUGCUCUUGAGAAGUGAUAAACCAAUAUCUGUACAAACUCUAUCAGGUACAAUGCUUACAGGGGUCAGUCUGCAUACCUUACCUUUAACUAAAAAUAUUAUCGGAGUUAGUGAUGUUAAUGGAUCAUUUAGAGUGUUUUUGAGUCCACCAAUAUUUAUGUUAUCCAAUGUUAGCUAUGAAAAACGCAUGAAAGCAAUGAUUGGGAGAGAAUUGAAAGUAAUGCAUUCUUUUAUUACUUGGCAAGAUAACUUUAUGAAAAAUAAUCCUCACAUCUUAUUAGAAAUAAAACGAAAGGAAGGCGCACUUUUAGCUGAAAAAGAAGAAGAAAAGCGUCGCCAAAGAGAAGAAAUAGAAAAGAAGAAUGAUGAAGAAGCCGAAGCUAGGAGAUUGGAAAGGAUGAAAAUUGUCGGUCCAGAAGAAAGGUGGCAAAAAAUUAUACAAAAACUAAUUGAAAGAACAAUUGCAGUAAAGAAAAGAAUCAAUAGAGCUUUAUUAAUAGAACAUGAGAAACCACUGCGAGAAUUAGAAACACAACGCUUAGAGAAAGAAAGAAGAAUGUUGGAAAUAAUGAAGAAUCAAAAAGUUAUUUUUAACGACACUGUUGCAAUACUAUUUCCUGAAGCGAUAAAAAAACCUCCCAAAGUUAAGAAAAGUUUGCUUUCGGAUGACAGAGAUUCAGUCAAAAAAGAAUAUUUGGAAGAUUAUAACUAUUUGAGAAAGUCCUCUAUAGAAACUGUACUUCAAAAUCCGUUCAAGGUCGUGUUCUCUUGGGAUACCACGGUUGCGGAAGGUAAAGACAGACGCGCAGCUUUGAAUUCGCAAGAAGAGUAUUUGAAAAUGCAUAAAUAUAGACUUGAAGAAGAAGGUCGAGAUUCAAACUCGGGAUCACCACCUCCAAAACAACCUAGAGUGUCUGAUUUGGAUGACUUUGAUGAUGAUAGCGAAAAAGGGGCACUUUUAAGAUAGAUUAAAACUUGGAUAGACUACUUUAAAUUUAUACUUGUAUUAUUUUUAUUAUGACUGUACUUCUUAAUAAUUAAAAUAUCUGUAUUUGAAUUUAUUAAAAAUGUACAGCUAUACAAGUUCUUACUUAUAUGAGUAAGAAUGAAGUUGGUACAUAACAGUUUAAAAAUCGUUGGGGAGACAUCAAUUUCAUAACAACUAUCAUUGGAAUACAGGUUACGAGUACAUACGAGCUGGUCUGAAUGUUAAAGAGAAAAUAAGUUCUUAUAUUAUUUUCCCAUUUGUAGUAAUCUGUUGAAUUGUAUCGUUUAAUACUUAUAUAAUGUAUUAUUGUGUUAUUAUUUUUCAAUAAAAAUGUGUUAUUGGAG